AUGACUGUUGAGAGCAAAGACACUUCCUACGUUUUCCAAAGAAAGAUCGACGACAAGGGUCUUUUGUGUGUUGGUACCAAGAACAACGGUAUGUACCUUGUUUUGGAGGACCCAAAGACCAAGGAACAGAAGGUUGUUCUUGAUGCCAUGUCUGGAGCUGCUGUUUCUUCUCUUGGCCACUGUGACCCAGAGAUCACUGAGCUGAUGGGCCAAUUCGCCAAGGAGUCUGUUUACACUUUCGGUGGAUCCUUUGGAAACUACGCUGCUGAGGAGCUUGGAGAGUUCUUGUGUGAAAAGUCCGAUGGAGACUUUGCUUCUGCUUUGUGGACUGGUUCUGGAAGUGAGGCCAACGAGAACGCUUUGAAGAUCAUGAAGCAAUACCACAACGAGUUGAAGGACUACAAGAGACAUAAGUUUGUCUCUAGAAACCAAUCCUACCACGGAUACACCAUUGGUGCCUUGUCUAUUGGAGACGGAUCCAGAAAGUACGCUUUCUCCGACAUUUUGAUCGACGCUUCCAAGACUCCAAAGGUCUCUCCUGUUUACCCAUACAGAAACCAGAAGGCUGGCCAAUCCGAGGAGGAGUACACCCAGGAGCUGCUUAAGGAGUUGGAGCAGACUUUCAUCGACAACGACCCAACCACCAUUGCCGGUAUGAUCAUCGAGACCGUUGGUGGUUCUACUUUCGGUACCCCAACCCCAACCAAGGGCUACUUGGACGGCUGCAGAGCCAUCUGCCACAAGUACGGCGCUUUGUUCAUGUUGGACGAGGUUAUGUGCGGUCUUGGAAGAUGCGGUUACUCAUACACUUACAAGUCGCCAGAGUUCGGUCUUUCCGAGGGAGGACCAGACCUCUGUUCUGUUGGUAAGACCAUUGGAUCUGGAUUCGUGACUCUUGCUGGUGUUUUGAUCUCGCCAAAGGUCAAGAAGGUGUUCGUCGAAGGUUCUGGUGCCGUUAUGGGAGCACAGACCUACCACUCGCACGACUUCAACUGCAGAGUCGGUCUCGCCGUCCAAAAGAAGAUCUACAGAGACAACCUGAUCGAGAACGUCAGAGUCAACGGUGCUUACCUCAAGGAGCAGCUCAAGCUCAAGCUCAAGGACGCCAAGUACGCUGGCGACAUCCGUGGAGCAGGAAACUUCCUUUCUAUUGAGAUUGUCAAGGACAAGACCACCAAGGAGCCAUUUGCGCCAUCCGAGGCCGCUGGUCCUGCCCUGGGCGCUUUGUGUCUUGCCAGAGGCAUCACCUCCAUGGGUCUUUCCGGAACCAUCAGAAACGAGAUUCUUGAGGGAGGAAACGUCAUCAUGCACGGUGACCACUUGACUGUUGCCCCAGCCUACACCUUCACCAAGGAGCACUGCGACAUCAUCGCCAACAGCAUUGCCGGUGCCUUUGCUGACUUGGAGAAGAAGUACGCUGCUUAA